GCCCUUGCUUGCUGCCUGCCUGUGGCCCGCUCUGCACGCGGGAUGGCUCUGAGGAAAGGAGGCUUGACCCUGGUGCUGAUGCUGGUGUCCUGGGUGGCUCUGGGCCCUCAUGGCCUGGAAGGAGCCGAGUCCGGGGUGCCCGGGGAUGCUGAGGGUCCCCAGUGCCCGGCCGUCUGCACCUGCAACUACGAUGACGACGUGGACGAGCUCAGCGUCUUCUGCAGCUCAAGGAACCUCACGCGGCUGCCCGACGGCAUUCCGGAUGGCGCCAGGGCCCUGUGGCUGGACGGCAACAACCUCUCCACCAUCCCCCCUGCGGCCUUCCGGAACCUCUCUAGCUUGGACUUCCUCAACCUGCAGGGAAGCCAGCUGGGUGGCCUGGAGCCGCAGGCGCUGCUGGGCCUGCAGAACCUGUACCAUCUGCACCUACAGCGGAACCAGCUGCACAGCCUGGCGGCUGGCACGUUCGGGCACACGCCUGGCCUGGGCUCACUCGGACUCAGCAACAACCUCCUGAGCAGGGUGGAGGACGGCCUCUUCGAGGGCCUCACCAACCUCUGGGACCUCAACCUGGGCUGGAACAGUCUGGCAGUGCUGCCCGACACGGCCUUCCGGGGCCUGCGCAGCCUCCGCGAGCUGGUGCUGGCGGGCAACAGGCUGGCCUACCUGCAGCCGGCGCUGUUCUGCGGGCUGGGCGAGCUCCGCGAGCUGGACCUGAGCAGGAACGCACUGAGGAGCGUCAAGGCGGACGUGUUCGUGCAGCUGCCCCGACUCCAGAAGCUCCACCUGGACCGCAACCUCAUUGCCGCCGUGGCCCCGGGCGCCUUCCUGGGCAUGAAGGCGCUGCGCUGGCUGGACCUGUCCCACAACCGCGUGGCCGGCCUGCUGGAGGACACGUUCCCGGGGCUGCUGGGCCUGCACGUGCUGCGCCUCUCACACAACUCCAUCGCCAGCCUGCGGCCCCGCACCUUCAAGGACCUGCACUUCCUGGAGGAGCUGCAGCUGGGCCACAACCGGAUCCGACAGCUGGCUGAGCGGGCCUUUGAGGGCCUGGGGCAGCUGGAGGUGCUCACACUGGACCACAACCAGAUCCAGGAGGUCAAGGUGGGCGCCUUCCUCGGUCUCCUCAACGUGGCCGUCAUGAACCUCUCUGGCAACUGUCUCCGGAGCCUUCCGGAGCAGGUGUUCCAGGGCCUGGGCAAGCUGCACAGCCUGCACUUGGAGGGCAGCUGCCUCGGCCGCAUCCGCCGGCACACCUUCACUGGCCUCUCAGGGCUGCGCAGGCUCUUCCUCAAGGACAACGGCAUCACGGGCAUCGAGGAGCAGAGCCUGUGGGGGCUGGCCGAGCUGCUGGAACUGGACCUAACCUCCAACCAGCUCACGCAUCUGCCCCACCGGCUCUUCCAGGGCCUGGGCAAGCUGGAGUACUUGUUGCUGUCCCGCAACCGCCUGUCGGAGCUGGCGGCGGACAUGCUGGGCCCCCUGCGGCGGGCUUUCUGGCUGGACUUGUCGCACAACCGCCUGGAGGCGCUGCCCGACGACCUCCUGGCACCGCUGGGGCGGCUGAGCUACCUCAGCCUCGGGAACAACUCCCUGCGGACCUUCGCGCCACAGCCCCCCAGCCUGGAGCGCCUGUGGCUUGAGGGCAACCCCUGGGACUGCCGCUGCCCCCUCAAGGCGCUGCGGGACUUUGCCCUGCAGCACCCUGGCGCCGUGCCCCGCUUCGUGCAGGCUGUUGGCGAGGGGGACGACUGCCAGCCCCCCGUGUACACAUAUAACAACAUCACCUGCGCCAGCCCGCCUAGCGUCUCAGGCCUUGACCUGCGGGAUGUCAGUGAGGACCACUUUGCUCACUGCUGA